AUGGCUGACGCUGGGCUCCUUCAAACCAGUCUUAUCUGGGUCGCUUAUGCAGUUGCCGUCGUCCUCUGCCUCUUUGCUGCGACGAUCACGACCUUCACCUGGCAGACCCCCCGCGAACGCUCUGCCAUCGUCAGUGUGGUGGCCAUUAUCAGCUUGACCUCCCUCCUCGCGACUGUCCUGCUCCUCCCUGUCGACAUCGCACUCGUCUCGGCCACCUCGUCCGUCUCACAUGGCGCAAAGAAGCACUGGGCGACGCCCGAGCGCGUCGACAACAUCCUUCUGAUGCUGAAAAUAGUGUACUACUGUCUCUACACGUUCGACGCACUCCUGUGCCUUCUCAUAAUUCCCUUUGCGUACUUCUGGUACGAAGAAUACGACGAGGUUGAGUUUGAGGAGGAGGGCCGCACGUGGACGAGCAGGCUCUGGUCUGCCGCCAAGUACACCCUCUUCUUCUUGGCCUUGGUGAUCAUCCUAUUCCUUCUCGGAUUUUUUGUGCCGGCCGCUGGCGACGAUGUGGAUGGACACUGGGACUUGGACUACUACAAGAAUCUCAUCUCGCAGAAUCAUGGCGAGAAGGCACUGACCUUUGCGCUGGGCUUGCUCGUCACGCUCGGCACCUUCUUGUACGUGUUGUACACAGGUGCCGGACUUGCCCUGCUUCCAAUCUCGUUCAUCAAAUCAGCGCCCUCCAUCUCGGCGCCUCAACUUUCUGCGACGACGGCGUCUCAACUCGAACAAAACCGUGAGCGACAGCGCCAGAUUGAGAUGCGCAAUGCUGGUCGCCAGGAUGAAAUGCCCCGAAAGGACCGCCGCGAGCUUGACGCCCUCGUUCGUGAGGAGCAGACCCUUGUGCGCAGGGAGCGGCUAGCUGCCGAGGCGCAAGGCGAGGGUCGCAGCAAGCUUUACCAGUUCUGGAUCAAGCUGUGUACUCUGUUCCGGCCGAUCAAGAUGCUUGGUGGCAUUCUUUUGCUGGUGCUCUCUGUACUGAUCUGGGUUUCCAUGCUCAUCACGGGUAUCGACAAGGCGAAGAACUCGGUUUGCAAGCAGAAGUGUGGCUACAUCCUGGGCAAGAUUCACGUCUUCCAGCCCAUCAACUGGAUCUUCAUCCAGUCAGCCAAGGUGUUCCCCAUUGACUACAUUCUGAUGGCGCUUUUGAUCUUGCUUCUGUUCGGCAGCUCGAUCACUGGCGUGGCUACAGUGGGCAUUCGCUUCCUGUGGGUCAAGAUCUUCCAGAUCCGACGUGGUAGGACAGCCCCUCAGGCGUUGCUCAUGGCCACUGUCAUGUUGGCCCUGAUGAUCCUGGCCAUCAACUACGCCGUUGCCAUGUUGGUCGCGCCCCAGUACUCCAUAUAUGGCACGCAGACGUUCUGCACCAACGAGCCUAGGCAUCCUGGCGAACAGCCAGACUGCUCGCGCAAUUCGUCUCACAUCCGCCCUUGCUCCGAGUCCUUGAAGUACGCCCACGCUAAAGAUGUGUGCACUCCGUCUGUCAUGUCAAUUUUCCUCAAUCGCAUUACCAUCACGUGGCCUUUCUUUGGCGCCAUUGAUUUCUGGGCGCAAUUCGCCUUCCUCGCCGUCUUCCUAAUUGUCCUUGUGACGGCAAUUUUCAGCACGCCCAAGGUGAACAUGGCCGAGCUUGAUGAGGAUGCGGAGCAGGAUGAGCAGGAGAGUCUGCUGGCCAGUACCGGGCGACGCUUCGGUGCUACAUGGCAGGAUUUGACGGGCAAGUCGAGGCCGAGGGAUAAUGUGAGAAUUGGCGAAGGAUCCAACACGGUAUGA